UUCCAAUUUCAAUUUUUAUCCUCGGGAAGGAAAAAAAACAAAAACAAAAGGCGGGGAGAGGAAGCCAUAGCCAACGCGACGGCAAGGCCAGAAAGAAAGAGGAAGAAGAACAGAAUCGCGAUUCGCGGACCCUAGACGAACAGUACAAGAAGAAGAAGAAGAACCAGAAACCAAAGGAGAAGACACCAGACAGACAGAUAGGUAGAAAGCGAAUCCCUGCCUGGCUCUGUGUGUUUUUCCUGUAGGAAAAAAAAAAAAAGACGCAUUAGUCCUCAUUUUCUCCUCCUCUUUAUCCUCCUCCCACUUCCCUUCCUCGUCUCUUCCCCAUUUUCUUCGUUGGUUGAGCUGCUCUCUCUGCCACCGCAUCGCUCACUCCUCCUCUCUCUCUCUCUCUCUGGCACGAAACCCACCCGUUGCUGUGAGUAGUGGUUUGCUUCUCAGAAUUGGAAUUGAGCUCCGUGUCGAGCUGCUGCUGAUUGUUGGUUUUGAUUCUGGGAUAUCGCCAUGGCUGCUUCUGCUGCCGCUGCUGCUUCUUCAUUAUUUCCUGUUCCUUCCCCAUCUGGGGAUGCCAAGUCCGACAAGCUCGGGCGUGGGUCAGCCAGUUUGGCUGGGCUUAAAUCAAAAUCUGCUAGUUCCGGGGCAUUGCAAGUGAAGGCAAAUGCCCAAGCUCCUCCCAAGAUUAAUGGAACUUCAGUAGGGUAUGCAGCUCCUGCUGAAGUGGUGAAGCAUGGGGCGGAUGGUCCUUCGCAACCGCCACCAAGGACUUUUAUCAACACGUUGCCUGAUUGGAGUGUGCUCCUUGCUGCUAUCACAACCAUCUUCUUGGCUGCCGAGAAGCAAUUUACGAUGCUCGACUGGAAACCCAAGCGGCCUGAUAUGCUCAUUGACCCUUUUGGUCUUGGCAGAAUUGUUCAGGAUGGUUUCGUGUUCAGGCAGAAUUUCUCUAUUAGGUCCUACGAGAUUGGGGCGGAUCGUUCAGCUUCUAUUGAAACUGUAAUGAAUCAUUUACAGGAAACAGCCCUCAACCAUGUAAAAACUGCAGGUUUACUUGGUGAUGGAUUUGGUUCCACCCCUGAAAUGAGUAAACGGAACCUGAUAUGGGUUGUCACCCGGAUGCAAGUUCUUGUGGAUCGCUAUCCUACAUGGGGUGAUGUGGUUCAGGUGGAUACUUGGGUGACUGGGUCAGGUAAAAACGGUAUGCGUCGUGAUUGGCUUAUUCGUGACUGUAAAAAUGGCGAAAUUCUGACACGAGCCUCCAGUGUCUGGGUGAUGAUGAAUAAACUGACACGGAGGCUGUCCAAGAUUCCUGAAGAGGUUCGUUCGGAGAUCGAACCCUACUUCCUCAACUCCGACCCUGUUGUCCCUGAAGACAGCAGGAAGCUGCUGAAACUCGAUGACAACUCUGCGGAUCACAUCCGCAAAGGAUUAACUGUACUGAGUCCUUCUGAAUCUCCUAGGUGGAAUGACCUGGAUGUCAAUCAGCAUGUCAACAAUGUGAAGUACAUCAACUGGAUCCUUGAGAGUGCUCCACUGGCAAUUCUGGAGAGCCACGAGCUCUCGUCCAUGACUCUGGAGUACCGGAGGGAGUGCGGGAAGGACAGCGUCCUCCAGUCCCUGACUGCCGUCUCCGGCAAUGGCGUAGGCACCAUAGGCAGUGCCGGCGGCACCGUCGAGUGCCAGCACCUCCUCCGGCUGGAGGAAGGUGCUGAGAUUGUGAGGGGACGGACCGAGUGGAGGCCCAAAGACAGGAACAGCUUCGGUGGCGGUGGCACUCCAGGCCACAUUCCGGCGGGAAACGCCUAGACAGGACGAGAUACAGCUCUCCCGCCAAAAAAAAAAAAACUCGGUUCUCCCUUUCGUCGCCGGCGUGAUACGUGGCGCCUUCCGCCACCUGCCACCUAGCUCCUCCACCACCACCACCACCUGUAGAAUUCCCCCUCCUCCCCUCUUUUCUUCGUGUCUCGGUCAAAUAUGUUUCAUUCCUUCUUUUACUUAUUUAUAUAUUAUUAUUUAUAUAUUCGUUUGGCUUAAGAAAGAAGGUGACUAGAGCCCCUCUGUAAUUAUAAGCUCUCUGUGGCGAAAACUCAACAGUUAACUCUGUUUUUUUUGUCCGGUGAAAAUGGUUCUCCGUUAGUGGGUGGUGCAGGUGCUGGCCUGGCUGGCUGGUUGGUGCCUACGCUUUGGAAGAAGAACCCAAAACGACACAGCUUCGUGUUCUGAUUUCUGUGGUCUUGAAUCUUGAUCUGACCCGCCUGGUCUGGUCUGGUGCCUUCCUUUCUAAAUCAGGGAACUCGUGUAUAUUUUUCUUGUCUGGCAUAUUUCCUUUUGGCUUUCGUUGCCAAUUCUAUUCUAUUAUUUCUUUUGUUUCACAAAUGGUUCUUCUCUGGAUAAAGAAUGAAAGGACAUGAAAAAGUAUGUAGCUCUGUCACAGGUUUCUUGCGAUUCGACCUGUUUCGAUUUGUUUGUGUGGGGCAAGACAUAUGUAUUGCUUUCGAUUUAUCUGGGUUUGUCCUGUUCUCGUUGUGUUCUAUUAUGAUAUGCAUCAAUACCUGAUCCAGCGCAUAGCUAACAUGAUGGCUACUAGUAUUACAGUUUUGAGAUUUCUGGGUGGAGGCGGCCAUGUGAGAGCAAUAAUGCCCGAGGAUUGUAAUGUGUUGUUGGUAGGUAUUAUAUGAAUGCUACAUCAAUGAUGAUUGAUGGAGGCAGUACGAGUACAAGUAGUAUGAGUUGUUGGAGGUUGGCGGAAGCUGACUUUCGAGUGUGA